ACGUGUAAAGUCUGGCGGCGGUGGUUCGGCGCGACGUGGCGACUCCCGCGGGGUUGAAACAGGGAAGAUUUUCAUUUUAUUUUGUUUAUAGUUUUAUUGUCUGUUAUUGAAAUAUCAAGAAUCGCCACACAAGUUUAAUGCCGUGUUCUUUCUUGUAUUUCGGAUACAGUGCUUACUGUUUAUUUGCUUGUUUACUUUUUUCCAGUUUCACUUUUCACAGGAAAAGGGAGGUGCCAGGUGUCGCUUGAGAAGUUAUUAUUACCGGCUUUUAAUUUGCAUGUAUUUCCCCUAGAAAACACUUUAACAUUUUGAAGUUGUAAUUCAAGUACAUAUUUUCUGUUUAACUUUCACAAAAGAGAUUAGACCUUUAACUAUGUGUUUGGAUUAACACAUAUGUUACCUUUAUCAGGAAUAUUGAUACUGUGUGUACUAGGAAAAAAUAGAUGGUCCUAUUCCUAUGAAUAGGACCAAUGUAUAUUGAGAUACACGACAUGAUAACAUGAAAGAUAAACCAAGAAUAAUUUGACCAAUAAUAACAGUUUCCUUUCCUCCUCAGCCCAUUUUGCUUUGUUUACAUUACAUCAGUGUGACAGACGGCGCGAUGGGAGGUGGACGCACGGUCUUCCUCCUGCUGUUUUCUCUUCAGUUGUCGUCGUCUUUCCUCUUUAGUGCUGGUUCUUUGUACAACAGCACGGAUGAAUUGGCCAUACUAGAUCACAACAAUUUCCACUCCACGAUUCUAGGCACGGAAAACGCGUGGGUAAUCGAGUUCUACAAUUCGUGGUGUGGACACUGCAUUAACUUCGCUCCAACAUGGAAAUUAUUUGCCAAAGAUGUGUGGGACUGGCAGCACACCAUAAAAGUUGGUGUUAUUGAUUGCUCUGUAGAUGAUUCGAUCCCAAUAUGCCGCGAAUAUGAGAUCAUGAGCUAUCCAAGUAUACAGCUCUUUGCAGCACGAACAAGCAAGGGAGAUAUUGGCAAGGCUUUAAGUUCUAGGACAGUGGAAGAAAUGGGCAAGUCUCUGGUAGAUUUCCUAGUUGAGAAGCAGAGAGCCAAGAAUGGGUCAGAGUCGUGGGUGAACCUUCAGCCGUACCAUUUACUUCUCUUGUUAAUUUCAGACUGGCAGCACACCAUAAAAGUUGGUGUUAUUGAUUGCUCUGUAGAUGAUUCGAUCCCAAUAUGCCGCGAAUAUGAGAUCAUGAGCUAUCCAAGUAUACAGCUCUUUGCAGCACGAACAAGCAAGGGAGAUAUUGGCAAGGCUUUAAGUUCUAGGACAGUGGAAGAAAUGGGCAAGUCUCUGGUAGAUUUCCUAGUUGAGAAGCAGAGAGCCAAGAAUGGGUCAGAGUCGUGGGUGAACCUUCAGCCGUACCAAGGCUCAUUAUCUGACAUAUGGAAAGAAGUAUCUAGUUCUGUAGAGCAUCUAGUUGUCAUCGUGGAUCAUGCAGGUUCUUACACAGGAAAACUUGUCGCAUUGGAUCUGGGCGGAUACUCAAAGAUAGCUGUUCGUGUCAUGGAGGGAGGUGGAGGUGGAGGUGGAGGCGAAGUGAAGGAACUCCGUUCAGCAUCCAACCCCACAGUCAUCUUUAUGGACAGAAAUGGACAGAAGGAGGUGGUUGACAAUGCUGCUGCAACAAGGAAAGACUUAACAAAGCUUAUUAUGAAGAAAUACAAUCUCUUCAGGAGUAUGUUGCCCUUCAACAAAGCAGGUACUGGAACCCUAAAAGAUGAAGGCUCAAAGAAGAAUGAGGUAGAAGGAGCUGGUGAUGGAAGGCCUGAGGAGAUACAUAGUGAUAAGUUGAAUUAUGAAGAUGACCUUCCUGACACUGCAUAUACUGGGAGUGAAAGAAGAGAUCAAGUUUACAUGGUUGACAUAGAAAAUGCAGUCUCUUAUGCCCUUCAUCAUGAGGUUGUACAACAUAAGAUUAUAUCAGGUGAGGCUCUUAAAGCCUUACAGGAUUUCCUAGACGUUCUUGUGCUCUACCUGCCUGCAAGACCAGCUGUGCAUGAAUUUCUAUCACGGCUUCACAAAUACACCACAACUCAAGGAGACAGAAUACUUGGAGAGAAGUUAGCUGAGAACAUUAAGUCACUUCAAGACCAGGAAUCAGUACUUCCAGACCAGCAGCAGUGGAUUGGAUGCAAAGGAAGUGAGCCAAAAUUCAGAGGUUACCCUUGUGGUCUGUGGACAACAUUUCAUACAAUAACUGUGAAUGCAGUUUUGCAGGAUGGCAAUAAUGUGAACUUCAGUCCUAAGAAAACUCUACAGGCAAUUCAUAGUUAUGUAAAACAUUUCUUUAGCUGUUCAUAUUGUUCAAAGCAUUUUCAAGAAAUGUAUGCACUGGAUGCUGAAUCAUCUGUCAAUGUGGCAGAUGAUGGGAUAAUUUGGCUGUGGCGAGGGCACAAUAAAGUGAACAAAAGGCUACGUGGGGAUGCAAGUGAAGAUCCCCACCACAAGAAAGAGCCUUUCCCAUCCCGAUUGGCUUGCCCAGCCUGUUGGGACAAUAAUCAAUUGAAAGAAAAGGAUGUCUUGGCUUACCUCAAAGGUAUAUAUUCAAAACGUGCUCUUUCGUUCAAAGGAACACAAACCAUAGUGGCCCCAGUAUUGAACAGGCAAGCAAAAAUGAAAAAGGUGUUAGACAGUCACAGAGCUGAGAAAGAGAGAAAGGAAGGACUGACUGUCAACAAGAAACAUUACAGCAUCGAAGAGGAGCAACCUCUCCGUCCACUUCACACUUGGGGAUUCAAUAGCACUGACGUAAGUCUUUGCGUCUUUUUAUACGGCAUCUCCACCAUCAUCAUAAUGUCUGUUUACUGCAUGGUAGUCAUCAGAAGAAAACUAAGACGAAGAAAAUUCUUUGAAACUUACAAGCAGCCCAGUGAGGGGCUGAAGAAGUACCUGAGUGGAGCACAUGAGGAUAUAAUUGCAAGGGUCCACAAUCGCCUUAAGCAAAAAGAGGCAGCAUGCUGAGAAAUGUAUUAGAAUUGGUAAUGGAUGGAAGGAAAGAUCUGCCUCUGAGAAACCAAAGUUCUGCCCAAAGUACUGAAAAUUAGUAAAUUCUUUUUUAAUUCCUUUAUGUGUGUACUGGUCAUAGGUGGUGGUCGAUGUGUAUAUAGUAUCCAUAGUUGAUUAUAAUUAUUUGAUUUAAAAAAAAUUUUGGCCCCCUAAUUAAAGCAAAUUAUAUAAAUCAAUGCAAACCUAACAUGCUUGCUUCUUUUUGUUUCUUUUCUUUUUCUUCCAUUUCUUUGAAGCAAUUGUAUAUUUAUGACACAUUUGUCCAUUGAUCUUUGUGCUGUCUAAUAACUCUGCUCUUCUUGGCAUGUGGUUGCUUUCUUUGUUAUGCCUAUGCUAACAGGUGUUCCGAUGUUUACAUACCAGCAACACCAUUUUUUAUCAAUUUGCUUGUCUUCUCAUGAAUGAAUGUUUUCUUUCUUAUUCAUCUGUCCUUUGAUCUCUGUUUAUCUGCCUUUCAUAUGCACAGGACAAAGACAUGAAAUAUAUGUGAUAAUUUAUAAUAAUUGAAUUAGGUGUAUUUUUAUAGAUUGUUCCAAGUGCACAGAUGUAAAAAAAUCCUUGUUGUUGUAUAGGUAUUGGUAAUUAUAGCAGUGAUAUAUCCAGGGAACAUACAAGAAAAAUUAUGCUUCAUUAUUAGUACCUGAUGCAUAACAUGGAGUAUUGUGGAAAUGUUGAUAUUGUAAUUUAGAUUAUCUAGUAUUACAGCAUGAUUCUGUGGAAGCAUUUUAGGUGUGUAUAAAAUACAUACAGAAGAAAAGACUUACAGAAAAAAAUUAUUUCUCAAAAUCAUAUCAAUCCGUAUUUUUGUAUUAUUUUACAGUUAGGCACUGGUAAGCCAAAAACUAUGAUAUAUGAUGGAGAAAGAGGUCUUAAACAUUAGCAUAACAUAGAUUAAUAGCCAUAUCUUUUUUCUAUUUUAAGUAAUAUCAAGUGUCUUGGAUAACGCUGAAAGGUAGUUCUUAAAAAUUUAAGCAGUUUUUUACAUUUUGAAAAAUGGCUGGUAACAACAUUAAUAAGGGCUGCUAUUUAUGUUCUGUGUUGUUUUCAGUCAUUACAGAUAAUCAUUUGUUGUGGUCUUUUGAGUCUGCACCAUGAGCAGUUGUAUGAAUUGAUGUUGAUUUUUAAAAACUAUUGAUGAUAAGCAUCAUCAUAGUACAUCAUUUUAAAUAAGUUUUAUCCUUAUCCUGAAGUAAAUAAAAUAUUUUUCAUAAAUACUUUAAAACUUACCGUGAUAAAUUUCCCAUCCUUUUUAUUUUUUUUUUCUUCUUCUUCUUCAGUGUUGUGAGCUUCCUGCAUAAGUCUAAUACUUUUGCAAGCUUAUAAAUCCUAUUUGUUUGAUUAUAAUCUUUGAUCUAUGUAUUCAUGAUUCAUUUGAUUAUUGUUGUAGUCAAUGCAGCUGCAUUUUUAUUGUUGUCAUUAUUAUUAUUAUUAAUAUUAUUUUUAUUAAUAUUAAUAUUGAUAUUAUU